UAGCUCACAGGCAGCAGCAGGCAAAGAAGCCAAGAGACCACCACUAGCGGCAGCGGGCAGCACAGCAGGAGCAGAGUAGUGAGAACCCAAAGAGGCCAAAGCAGCGAAAGCGGAGAAGGAAGAAAAGAGAGAGAUUGACGAGGAAGCGGAGGCGAAUCCGAGAGCGCAUUGCUCGGCUUGCCGCUCCGGCGCUUCCUCGGCUCAAGCGCCGCGCCGCCCGUCCGUAGGAGCUACUGCUACUGCCCUGGAGAGUGCAGCUGCUGCUGAAGCUGACGGCUGGGGCCAGGGGUGGUGGGUCCCCCUCCCCAUCUGAUGGCUGCUCCCCGCGCGGCGGCGGCGGCGGCGGUGAGAGGCGCUGGGGUCACGGCUGCGGCGGCGGGGAGGAGGGACGGCGGGGUCCGCGCGAAGCAGGCCGGGCGCGCUAGCUGCCGCGGCGCCUAGAGAGGCGGCGGCGGCGUCCGUCUUAUUUCGCCCCCCUUGCUUCCCCCCCUCUCUCUCUCUCUCCCCGGUGUUGGAAGAACUAGGGUUUCGUCUGCGCUGCGGGGAUGGCGGUGGGGGAGGCGCUGCGGCGGCUGUGCGAGGAGGUCGGGUGGUCGUACGCCGUCUUCUGGAAGGCCAUCGGCGCCGCCGACCCCGUGCAUCUUGUGUGGGAGGAUGGCCAUUGUGGCCACGCAUCAUGUCCAGCUGGAUCUGAGGCUUCUGAGGUUGGGUGCGAAUCAGGUGGCACCGUGUGCACUCUUGUUAGGAAGGUUAUGGCAUCACAGGUUCAUGUUGUUGGAGAUGGCACCAUUGGUCGUGCUGCUUUUACUGGGAACCAUCAAUGGAUUGUCCAUGAUACUGCCAAUGAUCACGGGCUCAGAUCCGAGGUUGCUGCUGAAAUGAAUUAUCAGUUCAGAGCUGGCAUUCAGACUAUUGCAAUAAUCCCUGUGUUACCACGUGGUGUACUACAGCUUGGCUCUACUAGUGUGGUUAUGGAGAAUACAACUUAUGUGCUUCAGUAUAAGAAGCUGUGUUCUCAGCUAAACAAUCGAUCAAGUAUGGUUGCAUCUACUUCAGCGAAAAAUGAUUUGAGCCAGAAGGUCCAGUCACGCUCUUCACAUGGUCUUCUGAGUGUCUACCCUACAGAUAAUUGCCCAAAAGCAUUUAGUGGUUCCCCGGUGUCUUAUGAACAGUGCUAUGGUCCUGAUGCGACAACCGUGUCAAGUAGUACAACAGCAAACACAGGAAGGAAUGCUUCCUUGCUUAAGGUCGCACAGAGAAAUGGUGAAGCUAUUGGCGAUCACAGUCUAUAUGGUCCUGAUAUGAGAUUCAGACGGCAACCUCUUUACUGUGACACGAGAGUUCAAAGUACCAUGCAAAGCAGUGUCGUGAGCUCAGGUUUUAUCUCUUCUACCUCAACACCAGCAGAAAAGCAUUCAAUGUUGGCGAAUGACAUUGGACAAUUAGAACUGGGAAACGUGGAAGAGUCAUCAGAGACCCGAAAGCUUCUGUUAAAAUCUCUUGCAAGCCGGAACCCUGCUGUCCAUGAAAAUUCAAACAUGCCUCCGUUGCAUGGAGGGAGUGAGGUCCUUGAUUUUCUAAACGGUCGUGGAAAUUUUGAUUUUCUCCCUGACGGUACUAGAGCAGUCAAGUCUAACUUCUAUAGCAGCAACAGCACAGCAAGUGAAGUAUUAGACCAAAGAUGUAAGUCUACUCCUGGGGUGAUAGGACACAAACCAGCUAUGCCAUAUAAAAUCCCUCAAUCUGCGCAAUUCAUUAUGAGAAUGGGGAGUCCCAAAAGAGACUCAUGUCAUGCUGCUGCAGAUCCAUCCUCUGGCUCCGAAGUUCAAGCAUUUACUGGAUUGAGAACAGUCUUUUCUCAGGAGAAUGAACUAAAUAUUCCGGAUCAUGUUUGCCAAAACCUAAAGGCUAAAGAAGUAAAUAACUCCAGUUUUGCUGUAAGCAUACAAGGUCUGAAGAAUUUAGAUCAACACAAGCUCGCUGACAUUUCAAGUGAGCGAUCUUCCUCAUUUCUUAUGGAUCCGACUACAGGAAAUGAUUUGUUUGAUAUAUUUGGUACUGAAUUUCAUAAUCCGAGUCACAGUGUGGAUGGCGAUCCGACCUGGAACACUGCAAAACCAGAGAGUUCUGACAGAGAUGCACCUGAGUCCUCAGCUUAUUUUGAUACACCUCAAGCAUUUGGUGCACUGGAGGACGAGUUCCCUUUUUCUGGGAUCUUCUCACUAACUGAUAGUGACCAACUAUUGGAUGCAGUUAUCUCCAGUGUCAAUCCCGGUGGCAAGCAGAUCUCUUGUGACAGUGCCUCUUGCAAGACUUCUUUGACAGACAUGCCUAGCAGCUCUUAUUGCGGCUCAAAAGAAAUGAAGCAACAAGAAUCAUCUGGUGCUCUUCCUUUGCUGGUCAAGAAUGAGUUGGCUGUUUCAAAUUUUGUUAAAGAACCAUGUUUUCUAGAGAAGACUGAGGAUGGUUGUCUUUCCCAGAAUACUGGAAUGCACAAAUCUCAGAUACGCCUUUGGAUUGAGAGUGGACAGAAUAUGAAAUGUGAAAGCGCGUCAGCUUCAAACAGCAAAGGCCAUGAUACACCAAACAAGGCAAACCGGAAGAGAUCUCGACCAGGAGAGAGUUCUAAGCCCCGACCAAAGGACCGUCAGCUUAUCCAGGAUCGUAUAAAGGAGCUCCGGGAACUUGUACCUAAUGGGGGAAAGUGUAGCAUUGAUGCUUUGUUGGAGAAGACCAUCAAGCACAUGGUUUUCUUGCAGAGUGUGACAAAGCAUGCUGACAACCUCAAGGAUUCUAACGAAACUAAGAUACUUGGCGGUGAGAAUGGUCCUCUUUGGAAAGACUACUUUGAGGGUGGUGCGACUUGGGCUUUCAAUGUUGGCAGUCAAUCCAUGACAUGCCCAAUCAUUGUUGAGGAUCUUGACCGGCCUCGUCAAAUGCUCGUGGAGAUGAUUUGUGAGGACAGAGGUAUCUUCCUGGAGAUAGCUGACUUCAUAAAAGGGCUUGGAUUGACCAUCUUGAGGGGUGUGAUGGAAGCACGCAAAAAUAAGAUCUGGGCACGGUUCACUGUUGAGGCCAACAGGGAUGUGACUAGAAUGGAGAUUUUUCUCUCGCUUGUGCGCUUGUUGGAACCCAGUUGUGAUGGCGGCGGAUCAGGAGAGAAUCCUGAUAAUGUAAAAAUGCCUCUUGGGAUUGCGCAACACCAGAUUAUCCCAGCAACAGGGCAUCUUAGAUGAGCCAUCGAGCACGGACAUGAUCAUCCGAGGCAUCUUUGAAGAGCUAAGAGCAGGAGUUCAGUUCCACUUCUGCAAUGACUAGCACCGUCAACUGACGAUUAGCUGGUUUCUCGUGACACACCACGCAUCUUUCUCGCGGCCAGGCUUGCAGAAACCUUAACAGUAGACGCAUCAGGAGGUGGGGCAAUUGGUUUAGAAAAUGAUCACUAGGAAAAUAUUUGGCUUGUAUAAUCUUCGGUUCUGUUUGUUAUUACUGAUGUUUGUUCUUGUAUUAGCGAGUUUCUUUUUUUCUUCUUCCUGUUGAUAGACUGAAUGGCAGUUCUGAGUUGCUCUGUCUAGCAUGAGCUGACAAAAAUCUUGAGGAGGCUAUCUUUGCAAAUGUAUCAUGCUGUUUUUACUGGACUAGACUACACUUUGGGGUUUCAUCAGUUGAGCUGCCAUUCUGCAACCAUCUUCCCUGUGUCCAUACUCCAUUUUGUACUACCAAUUGUAACAGCUAGCAUGCAUCUUUAUGUGAGUA